UUAGCUGUAUUUACGCCUUUGAACACAGUUUGUCACAAAGCAGCCAGAAACGUGCGCCACGUGACUUUUGCUUGGAAGGUAGAUAGAUUGCCAGCCCUCAGACUCUGCCCAUCGCCACCAUGCCAGGCCCCCAGCGGCGCAGAAAGGUUCAUCACGGAGACACACAUCUGAAGAAACGAUGGCGGUUGCGCUGCCGUACUAAGGACCUCGAUCAGAUAGAUGAAGACUUGGAGCCAAAGCAAGCAGAGAAGCUUCUUAACCAGGAACUCGAUCUCGAGAAGCCUGGAUUCGCUCAGUUUUACUGCGUACAUUGCGCGCGGCACUUUAUCGAUCAGAAGGCGUUGGACGACCAUUUCCGCACCAAGGUGCACAAACGACGGAUGAAGGCCCUGGAGGACGAGCCCUAUUCGAUCGCAGAGUCGGAGCGGGCUGGAGGCCUGGGGAGCUACGUGCCGCCCAAAAAGCGGCGAAUGGAGACACUGAGACGAGAGGGCGAGGUCAGCCUGCCACAGCCCGUUCAGGAGACUGAGACUGAGACAGCCGCGGCACCACCGAACACAGAGAGCACCGAGGCCGGCUGAGGCCCGAUCAGGUCCGACUGAGGUGCUGUGCUGAUUGUUUACUGAUGACCGCUCUUGGGUUGUUUUUGGGGGAGUUAUAAGACCGGGGUGACGCGAUAAUACAAAUGUUAAUCAUA